CUCCACCAUGUCGUUCUCCGAAGCAGAGGUGCAAAGUGCCCGUGGCGCCUGGGAGAAGAUGUAUGUGGAUGCCGAGGACAAUGGGACAACUGUGCUGGUCAGGAUGUUUACCGAGCACCCAGACACCAAGUCCUACUUCACACACUUCAAAGGCAUGGGCUCUGCUGAAGAGAUGAAACAGUCGGAUCAGGUCAGGGGCCACGGCAAGAAGGUUUUCACCGCCAUCAACGACAUGGUGCAACACCUGGACAACUCCGAGUCUUUUCUUGGGAUAGUGAACCCACUCGGCAAGAAACAUGCCACCCAGCUGAAGAUUGACCCCAAAAACUUUAGGAUAAUCUGUGACAUUAUCUUGCAACUGAUGGAGGAGAAAUUUGGUGGAGACUGCAAAGCUUCCUUUGAGAAGGUGACCAAUGAAAUCUGCGCUCACCUGAACAAUGUCUACAAAGAGGCGGGUUGGUGAGGAUGUGCAACCUCCAGGCUCUUCAAAUGUCUCGCCGGCACUGAUUUGCUCCUUUUGGACCUCCAGCCACAGGUGGAAGAAUGAAAAAGU